AUGAAGCUGGAGGUGUUCGGGCCCCGCGCGGGUCUCGGGGACAAGCCGGGGAGUGACCUGGAGGGUGCGGGCGGCAGCGACGCGCCGUCUCCGCUAUCGGCCGCGGGCGACGACUCCCUGGGCUCGGACGGGGACUGCGCGGCCAACAGCCCGGCGGCAGGCAGCGGCGAGCGGAGCGCGGGCGGCGGGCCGGGCGCCGAGGAGGCGGGCGCGGCGGGGGCGACGGCGGGGCCCAGAGCCGGGGGCGCAGGUUCGGGGGGUGCGGGCGGCGGCGAGGGCGCGCGCGGCAAGCCGUACACCCGGCGGCCCAAGCCCCCGUAUUCGUACAUCGCGCUCAUCGCAAUGGCCAUCCGCGACUCGGCGGGCGGGCGCCUGACGCUGGCCGAGAUCAACGAGUACCUCAUGGGCAAGUUCCCGUUCUUCCGCGGCAGCUACACCGGCUGGCGCAACUCCGUGCGCCACAACCUCUCGCUCAACGACUGCUUCGUCAAGGUGCUUCGCGACCCCUCGCGGCCCUGGGGCAAGGACAACUACUGGAUGCUGAACCCCAACAGCGAGUACACCUUCGCCGACGGCGUCUUCCGCCGCCGCCGCAAGCGCCUCGGCCACCGCGCAGCGGCCCCGGGCCCCGCGCUGCGGCCCCCGGCCGGCGCGCCUCCGCCGCCCGCGCCCGCCGCCCCGGCCCCGGCUUCGCCCCGCGCGCGCUCGCCCGCCCGCCCAGAGGGGCGCGCCAGCCCGGCAGGCAGAUUCUCCGGCCCCUUCGCCAUCGACAGUAUCCUCAGCAAGCCCUUCCGCAGCCGCUGCAGCGGGGACAUGGGCCCCGGGCCGCGCCCUCCGUGGGGCGCGGCGCCUUGCCCGCCGCCGCCCGCCUACCCGGCGCUGCUGCAGGCCGCGCCCGCUGGGGCCCUGCUGCCGCUCUGCGCCUUUGGAGCGGCCGAGCCGCCGGGGCUGCUAGCGCGCGGGGCCGAGGCGCCGCCCCUCCUCCUAGCGCCCCUGGCCGCCCCGGCGCCGGCCAAGCCGCUCCGAGGCCCGGCCGCCGGUGCGCACCUGUACUGCCCCGUGCGGCUGCCCGACGCCCUGCUCGCGGCCUCGGCCCGCGCGCCCGGCCCGCACCUGCCUAGUCGGCCUGAGACGCUCCUGGCAUGA